CGAUAUACUACUAGAUAGAACAGCUACAGUGCGGUAUUACAAAGAACUACAAAUUAAACUAAAUCAAAGACUGGGGUUCUCCACGUUUCUUGCCCGCACCCCCUCGGCAACGCGGUUAGCCACGGAGGACCAUGGUUCCCUAUGUCAACACUGAGGUCAAGAAGGGGCUACACGCCUCUACCUCGACGUCCUGUUCUCUUUUCGCAACCUCUUUCUCUCUCGUUGGGUUCAUUGUGUGAAUCAUAUCAUCCACAAUGGUGUCAUUGAUUGCAUCAAGACUUGUUCGGCCGGGAAGCCGACUAGCCAGGAGUCUCCCUGUGCUGAUUUCCGCUUACCCACCGAGCACGACGACGAUUCGGGCCGCCUCCACGUCCAAACACCCGUCUGGAUUCACGCCUCCGAGCACAGAAGAGCUGUACGAGCUUCGCGAGAGAGUACAAGAGUUUACACGAAGAGAGAUUCCUGAAGAAAUUGCCUUGAAGACGGACCAGUCCAAUGAAUUUCCCAACGACAUGUGGAAGAAGUUGGGCGAGGCUGGGUUCCUCGGACCGACAGCAGACGAGGAAUAUGGCGGGCUAGGCAUGGGCUAUCAGGCACACUGCAUCAUCAACGAAGAAAUCAGCCGGGCAUCAGGGUCGAUUGGGUUGUCAUAUGCGGCACAUUCACAGCUGUGCGUGAACCAAUUGAGCCUGAACGGCAGCAAGGACCAGAAAGAGCGGUUUCUGCCCGGUCUGAUCUCGGGAGACAAGAUCGGCGCGCUGGCCAUGUCCGAACACUCGGCAGGCAGUGACGUGGUGAGCAUGAAGACGACAGCGAAACCAGUCGACGGGGGUUACGUCCUCAACGGCACCAAGAUGUGGAUCACCAAUGGGCCCGACGCCGACUACAUUGUGGUGUAUGCGAAGACGGAGCCCGAAAAGCAAAGCAAAGGCAUCACGGCAUUCAUUGUCGAAGGCAAGUCCUCCGACGGUUUCUCUGUCACGAGAAAACUAGAUAAACUGGGCAUGCGCGGGUCCAAUACCGGCGAGCUGGUGUUUGACAAUGUCUUUGUGCCCAAAGAAAACGUCCUGGGCGAAGUCAACAAGGGCGUCCGAGUCCUCAUGGAAGGAUUGGACUUGGAGCGCCUCGUCCUCAGUGCCGGUCCAUUGGGCAUCAUGCAGGCUUGUCUCGAUCUGGUGCUGCCAUAUACUCAUCAGCGCAAACAGUUUGGUGUUCCCAUCGCCCACAACCAGCUGGUCCAGGGCAAAUUGGCCGAUAUGUACACCAAACUUCAAGCCGCGAGAGCCUACACCUACGCCACGGCCAAAAAGGUUGAUGAAGAAGGUCAGAUCCGCACCCAGGACUGUGCUGGUGCAAUUCUAUAUGCGGCUGAGAGAGCUACCGAAUGUGGUCUGGACGCCAUUCAACUCUUGGGCGGUAAUGGCUAUGUCAAUGAGAUCCCUGCAGGGAGAUUACUAAGAGAUGCCAAGUUAUACGAAAUUGGGGCGGGCACGAGCGAGAUCAGAAGAAUGGUGAUUGGUAGAAUUUUCAACAAAGAGUAUGCUGGCCAGGGUAUCUAAAAAAAUGCAAAUAGAGGCAGGCAUAUCUCACUGUUCCUUGAUGAAGGAGGAAAAAAGGACGAGCGUAUCCAAUAAACGCCGCCAUGAACACUACCCAAAAGCAAGGCGGCUCUGCCCUUUCUCGGGCUUCGAACCCCGGCCCCGAGUGCCGAUUCCUCCGCGCUUUGGUUUUGCAUUUGGUUGACCGGGUGGACGACUGUUCGACGGACCUUUGACGGCCGGAGUUUCUUGAGCCUGAAGUUCUUUGGCGAAGUGCCAGUCUUCGUGCUCGAUUCUGUCGGCCUCAUCGAUGGAUUUUUGACAGGCCUUGCAGAAGUACGUUCUGAUGUCGUGCUCGUGAAGGUGCACAGAAGACCGACGGCUAUCGUCAUCUUCGUUGUGUUCGACGCGUGCCUCAGAGUCACCCAUGUCGUCUGCAGCCUCUUCCAUGAGCCCGUCCUCAGGGUCUCCAUUACUGUCGCCUCGGGAAAAGAACCGAGCAAUGCUGGGAGGAGCUUCGUUCAAUCUGCGGCGUUUCUCGGGUCGAGACUCUUCGGGAUUUGGUGUAGCGGUAUUGCUCCGAGACGGUGGCUCCAAGGCCGCUCUGGCUUCAUCACCUUUGAGCAGGAAGGUGUCGAUGCCUUUAUUUCCCGCCACGCCAUCUUCGAAACCUCCCACGCUCAAUGACAGAUUCGCACACGGCCACGCUCGGCCGUCAACGACAACCUGUCCGAGCAAAGUCUUUGCGAGCUCAAACAGGGUAUUCUCGUCGAUCUUCUUGCCCUGUGGGAUGGGAAGUUGUUUGGAUCUGGUUUGUGCACCCUGCCGAUGGUGGAGGGUGAUGGUUUUGGGCCUUCUUUUGUUCUCCGUCACGCCCUCCUCGACUAGCCGGGCAUAGAUAUCGGCCACAAAAAUGCGUAACCACCUGUUGGCCUGUUCCACGGUGUUGAUGCUCGGCCUGAAUGAUUUGGCCGAUAACAUGGACUUGAUCUGUGUGCGUGAAUUGACCUCACUGUUGUCCUCGCCGCGAAUGAUGCCGUAGAGCCAGGUGCCCGUGUCGUCGCCCAAUCUGGCCUUGAGCUGUUCGAUCGGGAUGGCGAGCAACUCGGUGACUUCGUCGGUCCCAAACGUGUCCACGACAUGGUCGCCCAGUUUCCCACCAAGGUUGCGGAUCUUUGUGAAUUUGAACCCGGACAAGAAAUGCUGCACGGCGCGAUUGCGCACGAUGGUCUGCUGGUUGGGUUUCUUGUAUCCGGCGCCCAACUUGGCCAUCAUCUUGUUCCGCGCAAUGCCAGCGGAGCAGGUAUACUUGAGUCUGUCGUAGAUGGUCUGUCGGACACCACGCACGACCUCUGCGCCAAUGUUCAUGGCCACGUCAUCCCAGUCCGGGUCGUCGUCCUCGGUUUCGGCCAGAUCCAAGUCCACCAGCGCAUCGGCAUGCCAGUUCAAGGCGGUCGACGGCGGCAAGGGUAAGGGUUCCGUCGGGUCGUCGUAGGGAGCAUACCGCAAUUCCGGGUAGCGCUCAAGCAAGAUCUGAUGGAUCUGGGCGGACAAAUCGAGAAAGACCUCGUCGAUGCUGGCCUUCUCAACCUUCUGGACAGGAGGGGGUGGGAGGAUUUCCUUGAGCAGAGCCAGGGUCCGGCGGGAUUCCAGCCGGUAAGGGUCCAGCGAGACCUUGUCGGUGUGGAUGUGCCGGGCGGCGUCGUCGCGGUAGGCCCAUUUGUCGUCGCCUUCGCGCCACGUCGCGACGUGCUGCACCACCAGCUCGGGACAUUUGGUCUUCGCUUCGGUCACUGUCACGUGGCGGUUGAGCCCGAAUGCCCGCGCCGGGUAGUUGAUGGCGAUCAGCCCUUGCCAUUGCUGUACCGCUAAAGGUUGUGUUUCGGACACGCCCAGGCGUACCAUCUCGCAUUGUGCGUAGAAGGCGUCGUAGUCGAUCAGUGCUAUGACUCGUAGUGGGCAGCUGGUUGAGGACUGGCUCAGGAGCUGGAGAUGUUUGUAGGUGAAGCAGGAUCUCUUCUUCAUCCCUCCUCCAUAACCUCCACCUCCACCAACAAGGCCAUCGACGGGCGAGGACAUGUUAAACGGUUGAGACGAUGACAUGAUGGCGUGUUUUGGUCGUGUCCUUUAUCCGAUUGUUUCGGUUUGGGGUAUUCCCUUUUCCUCCACCCACCUUUCGGGCUUGAAGCUCGUUCAGGUUGGCUUCAUCUUCCCACUUUGCUCGGGAAGCCGGUCCUGGUCCUGGUCCUGGUCCUGCUGCCACCUCGCUGGCCCGACAUAUGUUCUUGGAGGGUGGUGAUAAAGAUAAGCCUGCUUGAUUUUUCUCACCAGGGAUUGGUGGUAGGAGGCUUUUACGCUGUUGAUCUGGUCGCCCGGCCAAGUGAGACCUUUGUAAAGACUUGCAGUACUGUCGUUCUGCCAGGCGGAUUCUACGCGUACUAGUAGUCAGCACGCGUGUGUUCCGUCAUCGACUUUGACCGGCUGCAACCACUUAAACGCCGGCACACGUGACCAGUCUUGGCAUUGGGCUGCGCGUUUCUGCGAAGUUCAAAAGUUGAGGUUGUUUGCACAUCAACAUCGGAUCGUUGUGAUCAGCUGAGGGAUGCCAUCCCGGAUCUUUGGGAGUCUCAUCGCCAAAGUGGGUGCUAUUGCUGCGGGAAAUAUCUGUUCUCAUGAACAGCACUAUUGAAAUGCUGUGCGGUACGAGUGGUGGACCAGAGGUGAGAUAGCGUCGGAGGGUGCAGUAGCCACCACGAAGUCUCGCAGCGAAGUAUAUGAAUUGUGUGGUGAACUUGUGAUGACAAGGGAGACUUCAUAUUGAAGUUCUCAACUGGAAUAUGAGUCGUUGGACCAUUCACGGUUGAUUAAGGGCGAUGCUGUACUACUAGUACCUAUGGUAAGCUUCCAGUUUGUGUGAAGGUGAAUACAAGGCCUCGUCUCCCCAAGCACAAUAUUCUUCUCCCUCCCACCAAGGUGACCGUCCCCAUGAACCGAAAAGUCAUGCUGCAACGAACGUGAAUUGAACAGCAUUCCCAGCGGCCAAAAAGCUCCCCACGAGUUUCUGCCGAAUGGCAAAAACUUUUGAACUAAGCUCCGGCCUAGCAAUUUCCUCGUUCUUGAGGUCUUCUAUCCGAAGGGUAGAACCAAGUGAACCCCCCGGUUGGUGCUGCGAAUUCCACAAGAUCUGCCCGGCCAACGGUGCCUCCUCGGGUCGGAGGACACUCGCUCUUCUACCUU